AUGAAAUGCAUAUACGAAGAUUCAUACGGUGCCAUGGAGAAAAUUCCAGUAUUUAAACCUACGUAUGAGCAAUUCAAGGAUUUUAAGGCAUUUAUAAUGGCAGUUAGACCUUAUGGCAUGAGAUCAGGAAUUGUGAAAGUAAUUCCACCAAAAGAAUGGAAUGAUAAACUUCCAAAGGAUCUUUCGGCACAAUUGGAAAAAAUUGUUAUUGAUAAUCCGAUUAAACAAGAAUUUACGAAGGUUGACGGCAAAUGUAGGGUCAAAAACAUGGAUACAAAUGCAAAUUUCUCUGUAAAACAAUGGGCAAAGUUAUGUAGUCAUCCUGAUCAUGCCACCCCUAUAUACGAAUCUCAUUUUUUACCGACAAAAUUAACUAAAAAUGUUGGAAAAAAGAGAAAAUUUUCUUUGGAUAACAAGGAAGCUUCUCAAUUAAAAUCAGACUUUCAUUAUGCUAAUAAGUCUCCAAGAUCAGAUAAUACAUCUAAAUCACGUGAUUUAACAGUCGGUGAAAAAAUUACGGAAGUCACACGUGACUCGGAACCUGUUACUACAUUCCAAAAUGUUCGAACAGACAUUCAUGUUAAUGAAUCUGAUGGUUGUGAGACUGAAGAUGAAGUAGAAGAAGUUCUUUUAACUUCUGAAAAUAU